UAGUGCGCGAGUCAUCUGUAGUAUUACCCUACAAUCCAUUAAUUCGUCAGUAAAUAACUUGGAUUACCGUGCGUGACGUGGGCAACGUUGGAACUCCCAACUCAGCUUGUAAAGGUCGAGAAGGAUGAUCGUAGGGCAGCCCUCUCACCAAUCUGAGCUCUGAUCUUCCAAUCAGAAGAAUUGAAAACCCCUAAAUAGGAUUAUUUGGAAGAGUUUAGAGUCAGUGAAUUCGCCAUUGAUAAAAAAAAGGGGUCAACAAUGGCGGUGCCGGCAGUAAAAUUUCCGAUCUUCACGAUGGUGAGGAUCAUAGGGAUCGCAGUGGCGGCUAUGGUCAUUACUUGGACCAUGCGUUACAGGGGAGGAUUGGCCCUCAUCUCCGAAAACAAAGAUCUCAUCUUCAAUGUUCAUCCUGUUUUAAUGGUUAUUGGCCUUGUACUCUUAAACGGUGAAGCUAUGCUGGCUUACAAGACAAUAUCAGGGACGAAGAACUUCAAGAAAUCAGUACACCUUGUUGUGCAAUCCUUUGCUUUAUUUUUAGGCGUAAUUGGUGUUUGGGCUGCUUUAAAGUUUCACAACGACAAGGGCAUUGACAAUUUUUACAGUCUUCAUUCUUGGUUGGGGCUAGUCUGCCUCUUUCUAUUUGGUUUCCAGUGGGCACUUGGGUUUUCAACAUUCUGGUAUCCUGGCGGAUCAAGGAACAGCAGGGCAAGUCUACUACCAUGGCAUGUUUUCUUUGGAAUAUACAUAUAUGCCCUUGCUGUUGCUACUUGCACUACUGGGCUACUAGAGAAAGUCACAUUUCUUCAAACCAAUCACAUAAUAUCACGCUAUUCAACAGAGGCAUUGGUGGUGAAUUCUUUGGGCAUGUUGAUUGUUGUUUUGGGAGGGUUGGUCACUCUUGCUGUUGCAUCUCCUGUGAAUGGACAGGCCGACAUCCUCCGGGAACACUAGAAGAGUAACCUACCUGACUUCAUGUAUUCAAUACUAGAACCUGAUAACUCUUUGAUCAAAUAGCUCAGUUUUUUGAAGCUUCUGUUGAGACCUACUCAGCUACUCUAUUAUUCUGUUCAUCUACAUCAUAGUCUUUGUAUGAACAACAUGAAAUGAGUAAAAGAGCCGGGGUUAAAGUAAACACUUGCAGCUUGUUUGGAUGAAGUGAACUUAAGUAAAUAUGGC